UGUGUGUGUGUGUACAGCAUGAGUCACCCUACCCUCCUAUGAUUGGAUGGUAGUUUAUAGGUGAGGGAGGGGGAGAGAGCCUUAGGGGCCGUCUGUCAAUCUCUUCUGCUUCAUUCACAUAUUCAUCUGCAUGCAGCGUCAUAGACAGACAAAGGAAGUGAGAGAGUGAGCCUCUCAUUCAUAAAAAAAAAAGAGAGCGAGAGAGAGAAAGUUCAUUCAUGAAAGCUGCAACAGUCUGUUAUUUCUGAGAGAGAAAACAAGAGGAAAGUUGAUGUGGAGGUGAAGCAGAGCUGGAAGCCCGGAAACUGAUUGAGAAAGUGUACAGAUGAGUGAGAUGGGACUGCACUGAGAGUGACUGGAGCGGAGCAGACCGGACUCUAGACUUCACAGGACAUCGCCAGUCUCACAACGGUGAGUCAAAAAUCCCUGUAAUGUAACGGGGCUGCAGGAAUCCAGCUUAGUCAAGAGGGAACACAAGCAAAGUGCUCAGAUAAUUUCACAAAGACAAUCUUUGCAUUUAGAGGAGUUAUUUUUUCUGCUUUAUUCCUGUCUGCAAAGUUAAAUAUCUGUUUAUAAAAACUGCUUGUCUAAUUCUUUAAAGAGUUUUGUUUUUUAAUAUGUUCUCCCAGUGCAGUUCCCUGAUUAUGAGAGAGCAAACCUUACCCAGGCUUAAAUCACAGUCAGGACUCUUACCAGGUAGCUGAUCAGCUGUUUUGUUUAUUACUGACAAAAACAGUACAAUGAAAACCAACAUGCUGCACAUCUAACCCCAUAACCUCUUUUAGGCAUGCUCAAGCGCACCAAAUACAGCCGUCUGCGCAAUGAUUCCCUCACAUCUCUGGAGGAUCGACCCCAAAGGCUGCUGCCCCUGAAGAGGGACCUCUGCCUGGACACUGAUUUUGCUCAGCUGGAGCCUGGGACACCCCCACACCACGGGCCAUCCACCCUGAGGGACUUCAUUCCCCGGGUGGCCAAUAUCCGGUUGCACAGCCCUAUUUCCCUGCGAGGCCUGAGGGGGCAGACAAACACAGCAGGGGACAGAAGCACUGAUGGACACACAGAUAGACCCCUGUCCAGCGCAGAGUUUCAUUCUGGUUCUAAUCAGAGAUUUUGUAGUCAACCUGCCAUCAUGUGCCCCCAAACUCAGUCUUCUCUGCGCUGCACAAAAAGACCCAUCACCCUGCAUCGUAUGGCCAGCCUCCCCUGGACCCCUGGGUGCACACACAGAGACUGUUUGUGCUGUUUGAAGACUCUCUCUGUAGGAGAUGACUGUGCAGUGGUGCGGACGGCAAGUAGAGCAAUUCACCAUCACAUUAAGGUAUUUGAAAGCACAAAAGAUUUGCAGUAAUCUGAAAUACUGUGUGGCAAAAAUGCAUGAAAACUGGAUAAUUGGGGUUAAUUGCUCAACUUAUCAUGUCUUGAUCUUUGACAUUUUACAAUUUACAAACUACUGUGUCAACUGUGUAAGAAAGAAGAGCUAAACUCAUGUUAAGGUUCCAAGCAGAGAGUGAAAAUCAGUUUUUUUAUUCCUGCAAAUGCCAACAUAACCACAUCUAACACUGAACACACACUGGACUCUCACACACUCUCUCUCUCUCUCUCUGUCUGCCUGUGCUCUAUCCACACCAUCACACUCACUUUUGCACAUUCACCCCCUCCCUCUCAGUUAGAGCUUCCUGUGUAGGCAGUAGUGACUCAUCCUGGCUCCCUGCUCCUCUCUAGAUCUGCUCUGCUUGUGUGUGUGUGCGUGCGUGUGCAUUUGCGUUGGUGCGCGUGUGUGUUUGUGCAUGAGCAUAUGCAUGUGUGUAUCCGGUAUCAGCAGAGCCCAUGCUGUCCUAGAGUCGGAGGUGUGUCCGCAUGGGUGAUUAGGAGCGAGGCCUGUGAGCUGACCACUGAUGGAAAUGAGGAUGGACUGUGUGAUUGUCCUCUAUAAACAAGCACACACACACACACACACACACACACACACACACACACACACACACACACACACACACACACACACACACACACACACACAUACAUUACACUCCCACCCACUCACUCCACUCACACAUACAGGCAUAUAUUGAUUUAAGUUUGGUCAAUGGACUUACUCAUCCUGCCUCCAGCCUAUAGACUCGGCUCAGCUGAAGCUCACAGCCAAUAGAAGUGAGACUGUCCAAAGUGUCUCCGAGCACAUGGCUGAAAUGUGGUCUGCUUACCUCAACUACUUCUCACUCUUGGCUUUUCUAUCAUUAAAUAUAUGCUAAUACUAUUUUCCAGAAGUAGUGACGUGAUAAAGACAUGCUAUCUCCUAGUUUUGGUCCAUCAACAUCACUAAGUGACAUAUCACCCAGAGGACAUUUUCAAUCAAUUUGUUGUUUUUUUACAGCUGUAUUGACAUUAUUGGUUUCUGGUUUGUGCUAAUAUGAUUUUUUCAGGUAUUUUUGAGCGUGGUGUUCACAAAUUACAUGAACCAGAGCAUGCUUUGACUCAAUAUUUAACACACUCUUAGCACUGUCUGCAGCAAAUGUAGCAGAGCAGCUCAGCUGAGCAGACACCUACCUUAGCUCUGCAGUAACUCUUUGUAUGAACUUGCCUCUUAUAGUGCAAAAUAAGCACAUUUAUAAAGCCGUAUAAAUGCAUCCACAGGGCAACCCUCAUGAGUGGUUAUAAGCAUUCAAAACAGUUGAUAAAGUGUGCAAAAAGUGAGCAUAAUGCUUUAUAAAGGUAUGAUUUAUUAUGCAUUAUACCUUAAUGCUUUGUCUUUUUAAUUCUGGGUUUAUAACUCUCACAACUUUCCCUGGUUAUAAAUGUUUAUGAAGAACUUAUUCUAUGUAUCAUUAAAAAACAGGAUAAUCUCUGUGAUUCUCAGUUCAUAAACAAAGCUAAAAGCUGAUAUGAAUGCUUAUUAUCACUCACAAGAGUUGUUUUAAAGCCUUGUAGAUGCAUUAAGAAGGCUUUUUACAUGUGCUGUUAGUGUGACCACAUUUUCAUUUGCUGCAAGAUCGAAGUUUUUGAAUUCUUCUUCUUCCCAAUAAAACAGCCUCCUCUGUGAAACUGUCAAGACAAACAACAGAUGGUUAAGAAGGAAAUGUUAAAUAUCUGCUGACACUUGUGCAUUCCCAAUGUUUAACCCCUUUAAAAUUUGAGUUUAUAUCAGUCUCAUAAAUUCAAUUUAGAGGGGGUGGGGGGGUGGGGGUUGUUUGGAUCAGCUGUUAAGUUGCAUGUCACAUGUACAGAGGCUGUACUCCUCAAAACAAAUGGCCCAGGUUCAGUCUCAGCUUGGUCCAUAGGUUCCUUCUCUAUUCACUGUUUUCACUUUGUAACACUUUGUAUCUGAAGCAAAUCUCCAAGUGUAAAGCAUAAAAAUCACAGAGACGAGAUCAAUAUUAAAAGCAUAACCUUAUUUGUUUGAUGAAUUGUUAUACCUGAAAAGAUGCCAGUCUUGGUCGGUCCAUCAGUUUGGUCCAAACUGAAUCAUCUCAUCAUCUCUUUGAAUUGUUUGAGAUGGAUUUUUGUUUGAUCCUUAGAUCUUUGCUGGUUCCUGUGUUUCUUCUUGAAGUCAUUGUGUCACUUUUGUGUGUGUUUCACAGUACAUGGGUAGUGUGGAGGUGACCCAGUCGAUGAGAACCCUCGACUUUGAUACCAGAAUGCAAGUCACACGGUAGGAAACGAUUCCACUGCCUCGCUCAGUCUCUCACUGAUAUACACACCUCGACCAUUACCUCCCCUUGCAUGAACUCUGCUUUUACACUAACCUGAUUUAUGUGGGAUAACAUCCAAUCGCUCACAGGGUCUCAGGGUAAAACAUAACAUAAAUGAACUAAUCUUUAUGUGCUGUGAAGACACAAACAAAUAGAAACUUCUGUACCAUGGCGUGCUGAGCCCAUUUAAAGUAUAUUUUUCUUGCUGAGAUGCGUGCUGCUCAUUAAAAAAAGAACAUUUCAAAGGGGGAAAUGAAAUUAAACGUAUAAUGUUUCAUAAACCGGGGCUUUCUCCUCAUCAUUUGAUAUUGACAUCCUAGCGCAGGAUGCCAUAACGCUGAUGGACACAGCAACCUCUGUUCAUAAGAACGCUGCUGAAGGAUGGGGAAGAAAAUCCAAUUACAUGAAUUUCCGCCUAAUGAACUCCCAUAGUUAAGAGAGAGGAAGGAAAAGAGGGAGAGAAGAAAAGCAACUCUUAGAAAAAGGUCUUGUUUCCUAGAUAGAGGGAUGUUAUUGUUUUGAGCGUGUUUGUAAGCUUUGACCUUUCUGACCCAGGCAUCAGCUCUCUCUUUGGAGAUGCUGCAGUCAAUGCGAGGACUACACAGACCUUCUAUCAGUGUUAAAGUUUGGAUACCACACUGUAAACAUGCAGUCAGAGUAAAGGAACUACAUCAAGAGUAGACAUAAAGGAAAACUAGUCCAAGCAGGUCUCCUCCUGCCUUCCCACAAACACCUCAGAAUCCACCUGCAGACUGACGAUAAAUGAAGAGCAAACAGAGGCAACAUGAAGCUCAACCUUCCACAUUUGAAUGAAUAAAAUGCUGCAGACACACGUUUGUAGUACUAGAGGAGUCCACUCAAAGCUAAAUUUAAUAAAAACAUGAAUGUUCAUCAUGAAUACCCCAAACUUGGACUCAUAACUGUGUUUGGAUGACUGUGCUUCUUGUGACUUUGUCUCUCUUGGUCACAUGUGUGCUUGUGUCUGCAGAGAGGCGAUUAGCAGACUGUGUGAGAGGACAUCAACAAAGACAGCACUAAAAAGUAAAAAGGUAAGGUAUUUAAACACACACACACGCACACACAGCAGUCUAAUCGAGCUCAGCAUAAGGAGGAUAAAUGUGUUUCUUGUCCUCUUCAUCAGCCUGUCUGUAAGGGACUGUUUGCUGUUCUGGGUCAAAUCAAUCUUCAGUUUUCUGGCAGCAGGAUUAUCCUCGCCGUCUCCACCGACAGUGUGACUCUGAUUUCUGCCUCCUCCUUACAGGUAUCAGCUCCAGCUCAUUUAGCAGAAUCUUUCCUCCACAAAUCUAACUGAGAUACUGAGUGAACAAAAACAUUCCUAACUUUAAUUUAUUUCUCCUCUUUUCUCCGUAGAAGAUUGCUCACCACCCCAUGCAGGCCAUCUCGUUCGCCUCAGGAGGAGAUCCGGUACAUUCAUGCGCUCUAAAGUUUCACAUGUUCAAGCACGCUCAGAGGAAGGGACACAAACAGGAUAGAAUCUGUACAAACACACACACACACACUGUCAUAUGCGGUAAUUGGAUUUAGUUUGAUUACCGCCUGGUUUGCUGCCAUUUGUGGAGGAUCAUUUCCUAUCCUAAGUCUAGAUCCUGCCAUACUUUUAACUGGUGUUGUCAAUUCGAGGAGAGGGUGAUCCUUCAUGUCUUUCAAACAUAGAAAUACAAAAUAUUUUUGCUGUCUUUACUUUAAGUUUUUGUCAGAAACUUGAGACUGGAGCUUAUGCAUCAAAUUUAUUUGAAAAACCUUAAAAUCUUUUUUAAAAAGUAAUAAAGGUGUAAUUGAGAUACAUUAUAUUGGUUGGUACAAAUAUACUCCUUCAUUUCUUGACAUGGUUAAUAAUAAUUUGAAGUGUUCAUUACUGCAGGAGUGCUUUGUUUGUGCUUUGACCAUCACCUCUCAUAGUUUUUGUUUUACAUGCAGAAAGUACUGUGAGUACUUUUGUAUUUAGAGUUGUUGUUUAUAGUUGGUAAAGAAAAUGGAUUUACUCAUUAUUAUACUCUCUAUAUGAUGAUGCAGUUGUCCAAGGCUGGAGUCCAUUCUUUGGCCUUUUCUCCAUUUUAGACUCUCUCUUAAAGCUCCUGUGAGGAACUUUUGGUUUAUAUUGAUUCUGGCGCCACCUGUGGUCAAAAUAGUCUUUGCUCAUAAUGAAUGAAAAACAAACAAACGAACAAACAAACAAAAAGAAAAACACAGAAGUUGCGAAGUUUCCUGUGUUAAUUGCAACUUAAAAAUAGAGAUUUCACACAAACUUUGAAUCACUCCUGAUGACAGUUAAACUCUUGAUAAAGAAUUAAACCCCUGAUUGAUCGGCAUGGCAAAUGUAAGUUAAAUCCUGUAACUAAUUAACUUCCUGAUUUUUUUGUCAUAUUGCAGCACUAUAAACAGCAGAUCAUGAAACCCCUUCCUGUCAUAUAAUUGGCAUAAAAGCCCUGAUGUCCUUUCAUCAUCCUUAAAAUGCACAGUGUCUUUUUCAGGCUAAUUUAUUUAAUGCGUUCUCCCCUCCAUCUUUUCUGUGCCACAUUAUUUCCAUAUGACGGAAUCUGUUUUUCAUCCAAAGUGAAAUUUCCUGUUUCCUGAAUGUCUAUGAAGCAUAAAAAGCUCUUAUCAUUAGAAAGAAAAAAAAAAUCAAUGCUGCUUUGUGUAAACAGCCUGCAGGACAUGUUAGUUAUAAGCUGCUGUCUAGGUCAAAUCCUGGUUAAUAAACUGCUGUAAAAUUAAAUGAAUUAAACUAACUUUCAGCUAAUUUCACUGAAUUCAUUUAACUGAGGAGGUAUCAAAAGCUUGGUUCACAUUGUGUUAUUUUACCACCAUUUGGUAACUUUGAGGAUGCCCCCCUUUCAAAUUGAGAGAGAGAAGAGGAGGCUGGUUUCUCGCAGAGGGAGAACACAGGCGGAGCUGUGGAUGGGAUUAUAGCUGGCUGUUUAAUUAAUUAGCUAAAAUAAUCUUGUAGUGAGCUCUAAGCCUCAAAGCCUCAGUUUGCCCGGACUCAUGAAAGAUAACGAGGGGGAUUUAAAAUCAAUCUGUCACAAAGGCUUUAUGGUGAAACAUAUUCAGCUGACUCUGCUCUUGAAUUAGAAUCAGAGAACCAAUGAUAUGAAGUGAGUUAAUUAAACAGAAAGGACAUGGACGCAUGGAUGGCCAUAAAGUCAGUGUGUGUGUAUGUGUGUGCCAUGUUUUAUAACGAGACAAUGUGCAGCAAAAUGAUCAAUCCAUGUCAGACCAACAGGCUAAAGGACAUAAAAAGACAUACAGAGUGUAUGACUGAAUAUCUGUAGAGUAAAAAGAGUAUUCUAAACUUUUAAUGCCAGAAACUUUUACUCACAGGCAGUUCAACACAAAUCAUUUGGUUUUCAAUAUAUGGUCUUUGAUGCCACAGGAGUGUUACCGUCCUAUUUUGAAUACAUAUUUUUUUCCCUCUGCAGGACAUGGCUGACUACAUCGCUUAUGUUGCAAAAGACCUCUGCAACCGAAGAGGUAGGCUUGUUGUCAUUUUAAUCCCCCUCCUGUGUUAGGGUCUGCACCGACCCGUUUUUUUAUUUUAAAUGCUUAAAAGAACCACUUAAAUCAGCUUUUUGCAUCAAGACUUUUUGACUUUGUCAGGAACCUCUAUUUCAACAAAAUAAAAAUAAAAAAUUUAAAUUGAUUAAAUUAUAAAAUGCUUUUAUCAAAAUUAUGGCACUUGUCGUGUUAGGGUUGCUGUUGACCUGGUUGGAUCAAUAUCUGAUUAUCAGAGCAAAAACUGAAAUCAUAAGUGCACUGUCAGGCACCUCACUGACAGUCAGAUCCUCUUCCAAUCAUGUGAGAUUUAGGAAAUUCUCAUUUUGCCGUGUUUUUCCUGCACAAAAAAACAACGUUGAGCAUUCCAGACAUGUGAGAUCAGUUCAGUAAGGAUGUCUGUAUGAGGGGUAUACUGACGAAGAAAGGCCCAGAGGACCACUACAAAAACUAUUAUACGCAAUAUUUUCAUGGAUAAUGUAGCCUAACAAAGUAACCUAGAGAUGAAAACCAAAUUGGAUGAUGGAAAAUUGUUUGUAGUGUAAUUUACAGCUGAUUUAAGACACGGAUCAAAACCGACCCUUAACAUGGUGGGUGUGUAGUAAAAGCUAACACAGGAGGAAGGUUAUUGUAUCAGGCCUCCACUAAAGUUUCUGUCCUCCAUGUGGAAAUAGCCUCUUUUCUCAACUCCUCUCUCUCUCUCUCUCCCUCUCUCUCUCUCUCUCUCUCUCUGCCAGCAUGUCACAUCCUGGAGUGUCCCAGAGGUCGAGCCUCUGAGGUUAUCAACAGCAUUGGUCAGGCCUUUGAGACUCGCUUCCGCCAACUUCUCAGCCAACCGCAGCAUAUCUCCAACAAUCCCAGGUAGUGUUUUUGUCCACUGUAGCUGUCCAACUGCUGAGACACGAUCAUUUCAGCUAUUUAAUCAGGGUUAAUCAAUUAUUUUACUGCCAGAGGUAAGAAGCCAGCUGUUUUAAAGUAAAUGUUUAAGUCGAAGUUACUUCAUUUAAGUUCCUUUUCAACGCCGAUGCCCUUAAAUCAAAAAGUAAAUGCAGAAACACUUUAUCACCAAACACUAUAUCACUUUAAAUUUUUGGAAAUGUUCAUUUUUCGUCAGCUGUAUCCAUAUCUGCUUUUUUUUGGUUGUUUAUAUUAAUGCUGCAUAGGUGUAGAUGAAUCGGCAUUAAUGUGAUAUCAUGAUAUUUUGUUCCUGCAGAUCAGUGGUGAGAAUCUCUCACAUAUGGGAUCCAGAGGAGACCAUCACAGAGCAAAAGGCGAAGCAGCAGGACGGUGAAGUCUUCCAGCAUCGUGACUACUACAACAUGAUCCCGGGAAAAAUGCCAGCACCUGUAAAAGCAGAUGACCUGCAGCUCAUAAGGGAGGAGAAAAACCAGGAAGCUGAUGUAAGUGGAGUGAGAGUUACACAUAUUAGUACAAGACAAAUGAUAAUACAGCUCUGUUUAUCCAUAGAUUUUGUCUGCUUUUGUUGGUUUUCUUCAGCAGAGGAGGAUGUUCAAAUGUAGAGAAGACAAUAGAAGACAGACAGAAAUAAUAAUGUAUUGUGUUGCCAGUAAAUAAUUGGAAAUGUUGAAAUAAAUGCCUAAAAAUUCGGUUGCAUUACAGUAUGGUACAGACUGACUUAGUCUUAGUAAACAUUGCAGGCUCUCUACAAGGACAGGCCAGGUUUGUUAAUCACAAAUGCUUCAGCUGCCCUGUGCCACAUGAAUCUGUCCAAAAGAGUUCAGCUGUAAAUGUCUGAAGGGCACCUCAGUGUUUAUAUGGAGGAAGGCUUCAGCUCUUCUCAUUUACUUUCCAGGAUCAUUGUUCUGGUUUGAGAAGUGACUCUCUUGUCAUGAACACAUUUCAGACCUUAACGCCAUUACUUUCCUUUGAUACACACACAUACACAAAGAUAUCUGUGUUGAGUGUAUGACUCAUCUUUUGCUGUUGCAGGUUUGUUCAUCUCCGCCUGUUUCUUUGUACGAGAACUGCUCCAUCUCAGAGGAAACUCCAGCUCCACCUGCAGGUAGAAAUCAUCAACACACCCCAAGACAAGUAGACAAUGUUCUGAGCUAAGGUCACUACUAUCUGUACUCUUGUGUUUUCCAGGGGAUACCUGCGUAAAAAAGCAGCUUGAACUAAUGUUUUACACUUGUAUGAACUCAGUUUAAAACUUCUGAAACAGAUCCAAACUCAAAACUUUGCACAUGUAAGAAGUACAGGAAAAAUAAAGAUGAAAAAGACACAACCAAAUCAUGAUGGGUGCCGAUAAAUAGAGGAGUCUCUGAUCAUUUUAGAGCAGCUACUUUUUGAAAAAGAAACAUUCAUCCAUAAACUCGGAGAUCAACUCCAGCUAUCCUGCUUUUUUAAGGGAAAUAUCACCUGCCCAUUUAAAGCCUUACCUUAAUGCAAAAAGUCAAACUUAAAAUGAUUUCACCAAAGCUUUAACUCAAAGUUUGGGUUGAUUUUGGGGUGAUUUGGGGAAAAAUUAAACCCAUUAUAAGAAAUAUUGAAUUUAAAGUUAGAUUUUAUCACAUUGGUGGUUUAAUUCUGGUUGGAACAGCCUACAAUUUUCUUCUCUUGUGUCUUGUUUCAGAUUCAGAGAAAUCCGGCACCUGUGCAGGACUGUGUUCCCCUCUAUCUGAGUUGCCAGUCCCAGAACUGAUCCAGGAAGAGGGCUGGUUCCAUGGCAGGUCAGCAAUAAACAUCACUUUACCUGAGCUAUGAGUAGUUCAUUUCCUUUCAUAUGUCUUUCUACUGAUGUUUGCAGCCUCCUUCCUUGAUUUGUACUCUGCAACUUUAACCCCAGGUUAGCCAGAGAGGAGGCGGAGUCUCUUCUUACCUGUAGUGGUGACUUCCUGGUCAGAGAGAGCAGCUCAGCCUCUGGGCAGUACGUCCUCAGUGGGAUGGAGGGGGCCACCGUGCGGCACCUGCUGCUGGUCGAUCCACAAGGACAGGUAGAGAUGAAGUAUUGGGUUUCAGGUGCUCAUGCCCGAAGAGAGGGGAAUGACAGGGUUUAAUUUUUAACCGUGUUUUUCUUGUUUUUGUGCGACCAGGUGCGGACGCGUGAUCAGGUGUUCCUGAGCGUCGGUCACCUGGUGCGUUUCCAUAUGGAGAACCAGACACCCAUUAUCUCUGGGAGCAGUGAGCUGUGUCUGAGGCAGCCGGUGCUCCAAAGACACUAACACACAUUCACAGACUGUGGCAUGCACAAAUCAGCCUUCAGGAGUGGCUAUCAGAGCUAUUCCAUUUUUACAGCUACUUUAAGAGUCAAACAAUCCCACUGUACGAAACAUACUAUUAAUGAGUUAACAAAACAGAUACAUGUUUAAUUUUAUGUCGGGAGUUUCAGUGAAGACGUGCAGACUGCUUCUCACUCUGUGUUGUGAACAGCUGCUGGCUUGCAGAACUUCCUCCUUUCUCUCUCUCUUACUCUCUCUUUCCCUCAGGCUGAACUUGUUGGUGUUUACUCAAAGAUUAAGCACAAUCACUGGUGUUAAGAGGAAAUUACCAGAGCUCUAGCAGAAUUAUUGCAGUAUAAUCUUUUUCACAUGCUUGAUUUCUCUUGUGUUCUUUUGUUUUGGUUUGUUUUUGUUGUCUGACCCCAUUUUCUGUGCUUGAAAAAUCUGGAAAAGUCUUUUCAUCCUUUUUAUUUGUUAGAUUCUCAAUGUGGAAAUUCAAACACUGUUUGUAAGCAGAGGCUACAGAGACGGAUUUGUAGUUUAGUCUAUGGUAAACUGGAUAAUGAUAUUUUUGUUCCCUUUGAAAUUAAAUCAGAUGCAUCUUUUGUUCUUUUACAAAAAUGACUCUCUGAUCUGUGUUGGCUGCUUCUUUCCUCUUGAACCUCAGACCAAAAGUGUAAAACUUUCCUCCUUCUUUCUCUCUGUAGACACAUCAUCGCUUUUAUGAGUUGAAUUCAGUGAACAAUAAAUUUUUCUUAUAUAUAAAUGAA